AUGUUACAAAUUCUUAAAAAUCCAACAAAAUUUAAUAUUUCCUCAAAUGAUACUUCCUCUGCUGAUGAAUUGGAAAUAAAAACAAAUUUAGAAACAAAACAAACAGAAAAUGAACAAAAACAAAUAAAUCAACAAAAUAUUCCAUUAAACACAACAGCUCCAACAACAUUACAAACAAUUGGAGGAUUUUCUAAUAAUAAUAUACAAAAACAAAUUAUUAAUGGACAAAAUGAAAGUGAUUCUGAUUCGGAUUUUUUUAAAUAA